GCACCGCCACUUCCGGCAUGCGCAGGGACGCACCUUCCGGCUCAGGUCCUCCGUGGCUGCCGUGGUCGGCUGGCCGGGCGGCUAGGAGUUCCCGGAAGUGCCCGCGCAGCCGGUUUCCGGUGCAGGUGGGGAAAAUGGCGGUGGCUACAGUGUUUUCGACUUCGUCGCGGGGAAUCGGUUUGUUUGUUGCUGUUGGCUCAGUGUCUCCAUCAGGGAAGGAGGAUCUGGGGUUUCCUACUCCACCAUCUUCACCUCUUGCUGAGGUCACCACCUUGACAUCAUAUCUUGAUAAGUUGUCCACUUCUCUGGAUUGGGAGCCUUUGGGGUAUUAGGGAUCAUGCUGUCUCUGUGUGCUCAGGAUUUGACACAGAUGCUUGCUCUGUCAAGGCACAGCCUAUUGUCUCCUUUGCUCAGUGUGACAUCAUUCAGACGCUUCUACAGAGGUGACAGCCCAACAGAUUCCCAAAAGGACAUGAUUGAAAUCCCUUUGCCUCCAUGGCAGGAGAGAACUGAUGAAUCCAUAGAAACCAAAAGAGCCCGCCUGCUCUAUGAGAGCAGAAAGAGGGGAAUGUUGGAAAACUGCAUUCUUCUUAGUCUUUUUGCUAAAGAACAUCUGCAGCACAUGACAGAAAAGCAGCUGAACCUCUAUGACCGCCUGAUUAACGAGCCUAGUAAUGACUGGGAUAUUUACUACUGGGCCACAGAAGCUAAACCAGCCCCAGAAAUAUUUGAAAAUGAAGUCAUGGCCCUGCUGAGAGACUUUGCUAAAAACAAAAACAAAGAGCAGAGACUGCGUGCCCCAGAUCUUGAGUACCUCUUUGAAAAGCCACAUUGAGCUGUGCUCCACGGCCUGGCAUGGGGGUUCAGUCUGUGGAUGGUAACUACUUAUGAUGGACGUUAGCCUUGCUUCCGGCUUCUUAGAUGCCCAGCUGCCCUACCCCAGACCACUGGUCCUGCCUCAAGUGAUGGACAUAACCCUCUCCCAGGACAUACAUGUAAAUGCACAAUGUGACUCAUUCUCAUACUUUUUUGUUCAGCUCUGAGCCUCAAAAGUGAUUUGUCAGCAACGCUGGCAUGCAGGCUUUGCCUGGCUGCUAUCUCUAGAGGCAAGUCUGCCACGAGAGGGCACUGCAGGCGAAGCAGUUGUGCUUGCUCAUUGCCUCAGCCCAAGUGUACUCAAAGAAAAGAGGCAGCCAGCUGUGCGUGCUGUACGGAAAGCCUCCUGCCCUCCCUGCAGCUCCCCGCCCUCAGUGGCCCAGGGCUUUGUUGAAGUGGAACUCCCCACUUCCAACCUGGUAUGGCUCCUUCUGCGAAGGGAAGCUGAUCCCAGCCUCCUGAGCUGAAUCCUUCAAAGGCACAGCAGGCAGAAUGAGGGCCACAGGCAGGAGUGGUGUGGGCACACUGCUUAGGAGUCAACAUCUUCAUCAUUGGGCUUUCUUUAAAACGUGCACUUUGUAAUUUGAAAGAGAAUUAUUAAAGCAUACUGAAAAAAGGAAA